AUGGGUCCUAAAGCCGUACAAUAUAUCAACCAGUUGGACCAUGCCCGUUGUGACGGAAACUGGGACUUAGUCCCGGAGCUCGUUCGCAAAGUCCGCAAGCACGCACCCGAAAGAGCUUGUCUUGCGCUGACCGCCGAAACCGAAUGCGCCAUUGCAAAGACGACAGGUGCAGCAGCCCACACGAAUAACGAAAGUCGACCGACCACUGCUGUGAACACGGGCGAGAUCACUGCUGCGGGCCAAUUACCGAAGCUCGAGGCUGCAAUCGAUGAGGAGGCUGCACACGAGAACGACAGAUUUCAGGCCGAGGUAUGUGCAGGCUGGCUGCACUGGACGCUAGGAGACUACAACCAAUGUGUUAGCCGACUGCCCGAGAACAACUUGGUGGAAGGAGAGAUCAACCCGGCCGACAAGAAUGCCGAAUGGUCAAGCGUUUGCGCGCUCAAAGCCGCAUACCUCAGGGCUAACUGCCUUGCACGUAGUGGCGAGUCGAAGCAAGCCCUGAUUUCUUAUCGAGCUGGUCUUCCAUCCCUUGGACGAGUGUGGGCGGAACACGGUAUAGGACGACAGCUUCGAUACUGGUCAGAGCUCUUUCUCACCGAGUACUGCAUGCUCGCUGGCAACACGUUCCGAAACAACGAAAUCUUGCAGCUUGAUUCUGACUCAUUGGCCGGCUACCGCGCAUGGGCAAGAUUCUGGGAUACCAUGUCGACACCAGUGACUGGAGGAUACGGCUUCAAGGGGUCAGUUCCUAGGAGAACGGUCUGGAAGGAGUACUACACUGCCAUCUCACAGAUUGUUGAGUCCGAUCAACCUUAUCCUACCGGGUUUGUGAGCAACACUGCCGGCGACCUUUCACCACGGAGUCAGCUACGAGUAGAGCUCAAGCAUGCCGAAGCUACAUACCAGACACUGUUACUGGGCGAAACAUCUUUCCCUAGAGCUGAAGAUGAGCGCGAAGAAGUUGAAUGGUUCGUGAACCAGGCACUGCGGAACUGGACUAUCCUCUGCGGACGAGGAUGGAGCGAAAAGGAUCUUGGCCAAGGUGGAAGAAGCAGCCUGAGUCGUGGAGUCCUCGAUACUCUUUACAACGCAGCCAUGAAGACCUACCACUCGACAUCCAUUCUACGCGCCCUAUUUCUUGUUCACCUCUCCAUUGCCGAGUUCGAUCUAGCUUUAAAGGCCUUUGACUCUUAUCUUGAGAUUGUCAAGAAGGGUAAGGCCCGCGUUGACAAGACAGGACACAUAGAGCCUACUUUAGAUGAUGAUGCCACGGUGCUUGAGACAAUAGCACAAUGCAUUCAAGCUCUUUGCAGAUAUGGUCAACGCUCUGCCUCGGAAAAGGCGUAUCAGCUUGGAUUGGAAUUAGAAGACUGGUUAGCCAAGUUACCACAAAUCGCUUCGCAAGAUACACCUACACCAGUCAUUGCAGAACACGGUGAGGUCAACUCGCCACACCCACCCGUACCGCCCCAUACCACCGCACUGGCAUGGCAAGCUAUUGGUUUGUCCCAGGCCAACUGGUCAAGAAUCACAUACGAGGCCGCUGCUAGGACUGAGAUUCAGCAAAAGGCGAUUCGAUGCCUGAGAAAGUCUCUAUCAGCUGACCUCGGACGCUCAAAAGAUAUUAGGAGUUUCUAUGCUCUUGGUUUGCUUUUGGCUGAGCGACGAGAGUUGACUGCCGCGAUCGAGACAGUCAGAACUGCCUUGACAACAAGCAAGGAUCAGGAAGAAAAUUACGAUCUGGUAUAUGGGCCAUAUUGGCAAGAACGUUCCCUGAUUCCUGUGUGGCAUCUUCUUGCUCUUCUCCUUAGUGCUAGACAAGAUUACAACAUGGCCGCAAGAGCAUGCGAGGGUGCCCUGGAACAGUUCAAGGAUAACACAAUCUUGUUUGGUAAAGCCGACCAAGGUUUUAGAAGUGAGCACCUCAAUGAAGUUGAAAAGGGUACUGCAGCAGAGGACCGACACGGUCUGGUUGAUGACAUGGAUGAUGCUGAGAAGGAAAGCAUUUUGGAAGUCAAGAUGACCCAACUAGCAUUGGUUGAGCUACUCGAGGGACCAGAUGUGGCUGUGAAUGCUAGUUUUGAGUUGUUGACUCUUUUCUCAAGACUGUUUGGAAAUGUCGCGGCGCAGACCACACUCAACACCCCCAAGGCCGUGGAGCCACCAAAGACUUCUGGUACGCUUAGAAGCAUCAGAGGAACCAUUUUUGGCGGCAACGACAGGUCAAGACCGCCUACUAGGCAGGUCUAUGCUUCUCCCACCGACAGGAACCCCAGACCUCAGACUGCCGCAACGGUACGCAGCAGUGCCCCGACCAUCCAAGUUACUGAAGACAAUGGAUCCAUGGCAGACUCACGGCCACGAACAGGAUCGGUGUCCUCUGUUCGCCGUAAUAGGAGCGCUACUGGUAGGAGUAACAGUCUUCAGAAGCGUGAACGAAGCCAUAGCCGACAACGAUCUUCGAGUAUCGGGGCUAUCGUAUCUGCCCAUGGGCCUACUGUUGUUGAUGGUGAUGUCUUUUUCACACCGGCCAGUGUUGAAGACCAAGAAAAGGAACAGCAGUCAGACUUUUUUACUUACUCGAGUAAACGACAAACCGCAGCCAGAAGCUCGUCUUUCAGGGCGCGACCCGUGGGACAUCUCAACUCGUAUCUUUCCACGCAGUCCAAGUCAACUGAUUACUCUGAGCUUUCAGUAGACAAUACUUACACUUCUACUUGCAUUCUGCCUUUGGUCCACUUCCCCAAGGAUAAGGAACGAUCUCAGCGAGUUGUCCUCCUGAUUCGAGUUUGGCUCAUGAUCGCCGGUUUCUACCGCCGUGCGGGCAUGUAUGAGGAUUGCAAGGGGGCCAUCACAGAGGCGCAACGACUCAUUCAAAGUCUUGAGUCUGAUUUGGCCAGAGAUCCCUCUGGGUCAGGCUCCUUGAAAGCUCCUAGCUGGGCUGAGAAGAAGAGUGUUGAGGACCUCUGGAGCGACUUGUAUGCAGAGCUUGGACAACUGUCUUUGUCAAGGGGAGCACCAUACACAGCCCGCAACGACUUUGAAACCGCUUUGACACACACGCCGAACCAUCCUAGCUCUAUCGUCGGACUGUCCAACAUCCUGCUCGACAUCUACAGUGAAGAUCUUCUUCCACCACCCCCAGUCCCUUCUCUGGACGACCCCCUCAACAUGAAUACUGGUAACAACCUAAUGUUGACCUCAAAUAGUUACUCUGUUUCCUCCCUGCCCUCCACACCCCUCGGUCUCGGUCCUUCAAAUACCCAAUUCACUCCAAAGCCACCAAUGAAUGCUGAUGAGCUUCCCAUCGCUUACAAGGCCACCCGUCUACCCCUCGUAGACCGCCUCGCCGCCCGAGACCGCGCAUAUGCGCUGCUUUCAACCCUCACCAAACUCGGAUCCAGCUGGAACUCAUCCGAGGCAUGGUUCACCCUGGGCCGCGCCUAUGAGGAGAGUGGACAGCCCGACAAGGCCAAGGAAGUACUCUGGUGGUGCGUUGAACUUGAAGAAGGUACAGGUGUUCGAGAUUGGCGCUGCUUGACUGGUGGAGGUUAUAUUAUCUAG